UUUGUUUUCAGGUCGACGAGACCUUCACCUCACCUCUGCGAUGGCGCCUUUCGCUGUUUCUUCUUCUUCUUCUUCUGUCAAUGAACUGAUCUUCAUCUCUUCGUUUGUUUUCCAUUUCAUCUCAAUCUUUUGGAUUGAGUUCGGCUCUUCUUCGACCUAGCGAGCGUUUUUUUCCAUUUUCAUGGUACAUUUAUCUAAUUCAUGUCUAGGUUUUGCAAAUUUUGAAACUUUAAUCAAAUUCGUGUCCAGUUUCUGCAAAUUUUGAAACUUUUUGGGUGGAUUGCCAGAGUUACUGUUGGAAUCUUGGAAAUCAGGAUUUCUGAAGCUUGACGUGUAGAUCUUCGAAAAGGAAUCUGGUUUUGGGAUUAGAUAUUUCUGCUAAAAGUACAGUCUUUUGUGUUUGGAAGAUGGGUUCUGUGGCUUGGUGGGAGGGAGCCGAGAAGACUCGAGUCCUCAUCGCCCCAGAUUCAGAGCGCAGCCCAGAAAAUCCCGGACAACUAUUAACACUUCGCCAUCCAAAAUCAGGAAACGAGACAUGCUACCUUUUCAAUGAUGGGGCACUUCAAGAACUCCACUGGUUUAAGCAGCCAUACGGUUCUUGGUUCUUGGGAGAUUACAUUUCUGAAGAUGGAAGCUUAUAUAUGGCUACUCCAGUUGAUCCUGUUUUCAUCUUGUUGCCUAUUUUCGAAGAAGCAAGAAUGAAGAAAGGUGAAGAUCCUGGGAAGUUCAGACAAUUGGAUGACAUUGUUUUUGUGGAGGGGUAUUCUGGAUAUCAACAUUUGUUGUCACUUGCAGAGAAGUGCAUGGAAAUUGUUUGUGAAACUCAAGAGGUUGGAGGAAUGAAAUUCUAUCGGCUCAAUGACUCAAAGGUUUUAGCUUGGUUGAAAUGCAAGGUAUGCCUGUUGAAAAAGACACUUUCUGGAUUGGACAAGAACUAUGCAGCUCAAGAUGAGAAAAGCACAUUGGCAGAUGCUGUUUCGAUAGUGGGGGAGUAUCUGAAGACAGAGCCUUGGUUGAAGCUUCUCUAUGACCAUCUUGGGCUCGAUUUUCUUGAAGCAACAAAGAAAGAAACCAGUGUAGAGAAUAACGUGGAGACUCCAGAUUCAUUACAGGAAAAGAAGACGAAGAUGAAGCCAGGCAAAACUGGAAAGCAAACAAAGCAGGCGAAAGUAGAGACUUCAUCACGCAACAUUAGAGAAAUGUUUUCAAGGGCGUGUAAGAAAAGAUGCUGAGCGAUCAAGGCAUCUGAUGAAAGAUUUGUCAGCUGGUAAAGAUCUUUGGAUGGCUAGAACCUAGAACAUGUUUCAAUAUCGUCACUUUUCUUGAGGCAAUGGCAAAUCGAGAAUCUGGGUUUCUGCAGAGGCCAAAUUAUAAAACAAGGGCAGUGGAAAAGAUUGUCUUUUGGAAUAAAGAAAGGAGCUUUCGUUUCCAUGUUGUGAAACGUGGACAUGAAAUGGCCACCAAACUCAAAGCCGCCAUUUUUCUUUGUUCUUUUUCUCUUCUUUUCAGUGAUCUCUUCGCUUUCA